AUGGCGGGCGUCCCGGGGCGGCAGCGGUAUUGGAAUCCCCAGGGUAGUUAUCACCGUGCAUCACAUUGUGGACAGGACAUCUGUGAAUUACGUUUAUCAGUAGCACGUGGGUCAAGUACGAAAAUACCUCAUGAUUGUGAGGCUAUCACCACUGUAACUAAGUACAAGCAUUUCUGCCAGAUGGAUGACUGUGAAGAACUUCAUACAAGAAAAUUGCAGUCUAUAAAGAAAUGUCAUCAAACGUUACAAGAGAGCGUUACCACAUCAUACAGAAGAAAACAUUGUGUGUGUCGCUCACUAAACAAAGAGGUGAAUCUGGAAGAUUUGAAACAAAGUUAUCUUGGACAUCUUGAAAGAGAUGAAGUCUGUGAUCCACAUGACAUCCCUUCAAAAAAGCUCUUUCCACAGGACAGUAUAACCGUACAAGAUAUUGAUGAAGCUUUGCUGCUGGCUGGUUGUAAUCUUGAACAGUUAAAUACUGCAGAGAAGAUACUGGAAUAUUUGGAAUCCAAGGCAAAGAAGGAUGAAGGCAAGAUUGCAGAAAUUGUGGAUAAAGAGUUUAGUAAUCUAAUUGCUUCCCUUCAAUCAAGGAAAAAGCACUUGCAUGCAGAAUUAGAGAAGAAUACAGGCAAUUAUGUAUCUGAUGUCUUGAAGGUUAAGCAGCACAUUGAAGAAAAGAAAAACAACUUGAUUGGAGUGAUGAAGAUAGCAGAGGAGUUAAAAACUACACCUUCACUCAGAACUUGUUGCGAUUUGAAUCAGGUUAUUUACAGUUUAAAGCUUACAGUUGAGAAUGAGCUCUCAAGCAUGGAUACUUUGAAGGAAAAAACACCUCUAAAGUUUCUCAUAAAUUGUGAUGAGAUUACAUCUGUUUUCAAAAAUAUAGGAAAGUUUCAGUGGGAAAAACCUACAAAAUGUUGCCCUGGGAAAAGUGAAGACAAUGAACAGUCCAUUCUGAUGUUCAGUGAUAAGGGAGAUAUAUCAGACUGUAACACUUACUUGUGUGUAGAAACAUGUAAGCUUCCAACACUUAUCAAAAGUAAUGAAACUGAGACUCUAACAUAUGGAAAACUUGGCAGUGUGCAUCCAGAAGUAAAUAAUAUCCAGGUACAAGAACUGGGUACGAUGCCCUCUCAGAUUCCACAUGCUUCACCUCAAAUGUUAUCUAGCCCUGAUGUAAUAAUAGAAGAAAUCUUCGAAGAUAACCAAGGAACACAUUCCACAGGAUCUCUUAAAGAUACUCAAAGAAAAAUUUUCCAAAACAAAUGGUUGCCUUUUGGACGCAGAGCAGGUUCUCCAGAACUGGUUUUCCUCAGCCAUGUAAUACAUCCAUGCCACUUCUAUAUUCGGAGAUAUUCACAGAGAAAGAUAGCAGUUUUUUUGGAGAAAAGGCUGAAUUACUUUUGUAAAAAUAAGAGCUCAUGGUUUAGUCCUUCAGAUGUUUUGGAACUGGGUUCAGACAUCUUUAUCAACAGUAAAGAAAAUGGAAUGUGGUGUCGUGGAACUAUCACUGACCUGAUUCCAGUGGAAAGUAAAAAUGAGGGAAAGCUUUGUGGUUCAGCAAAAUACAAAGUUUGUGAAAUUGCAGUAAUGAAAGUAUUCAUGAUAGAUUUUGGAAAUUCUGAAGUUUUCAUUGUUUCAAGGACUGGUGAUGUCCCUGUGCUGAAGUCAGAACACGUUGCUGUACAGAAUUUAAUAGUGAAUGACUUGUGUCUGCUUAUAAGGAAGCCUGAUCCAAGUAUGGAGCCACAACUUGGGGCUAUUCAUCCUUUAGCAGUACAGUGCUCAUUGAAGGACAUUGUUCCCAAAAAUUCAAAUGAAAGGUGGGAGGAAGAAGCAAAGACUGAAUUUCUGAGAAUGGUAAAUCACAAAGCUGUUCUAAUGAAGGUGUUUAGAGAAGAGGACGGUGUGCUCAUUGUAGAUCUGCAGAAACCACCAGCUAAUAAAAUAAGUAGUGAUAUGCCGGUGUCUCUCAGGGAUGCAUUAGUUUUUUUGGAGUUAGCAAGGUUUAGAUCACUUCCUGGUCAACCAGAAGAUAAAAUGGUUUUGCAAUAUAGUCCACCUACAUUACCCCAAGAAAGGGAAGACGUCUCCAUUGUGGUUUGUCAUGUCAAUAGUCCUAAUGAUUUCUACCUUCAGUUGCUAGAAAGUCUUGACUUAGUAAUGCUUCUGAAGAGAAUUGAGGAAGUAUAUAAAAAUGAAGACGGUGAAAACUUAGAAAUCCUCUGUCCAAUCCAAGGCCAACCCUGCAUAGCAAAGUUUGAAGAUGGUGAUUGGUACAGAGCACAAGUUAUUAGUUUGCCAGGGAAUCAAGAAAUUGAGGUUAAAUAUGUUGACUUUGGCAACACUGCCAAAAUAACUCUUAAAGAAAUGCGUAAAAUAAAAGAUGAGUUUUUGACCCAUCCAGCAAAGGCCAUAAGGACUAAGCUGGCUUAUAUUGAACCCUACAAAGGAGCAAAUGAAUGGAGUAGCAAAGCAAAGGAAAGAUUUGAAGAAAUGACUUGUGAUAAAUCCAUGGCAUGCUCAGUUGUUAGCAUAUUGCAAAAUGAUGUGUUGUGUGUCGAACUAUUUGACUCUUCUUCAAAUGUGCUUGGAAAGAGAUCCUGUAGUGUUAACAGCCAAUUAGUUGAAGAAGAUCUGGCAUCUUAUGUACCUGGAUAUAUGAAGAGUACUACUACAGAACAUAAUGAAGUGUGGGACCCUGACCUAGAAGAAGUUUCUGAAUCUAUAGAAUCUAAACUGUUUGAGGCUUUAAACUUAGAAUCUCUACAGAACGAUGAUUUGGAAUCACUUUGCAACAAAGAACUACAAGUGCAGAUUAGUCAUGUGGUAUCCCCACAUAAGAUCUUUAUACAGAGGCAGUCAUCUGAACACUUACUGAAAAGUUUACAGGAAAAGAUGACUGGUAUCUAUGAAGAAUCCACAUUUGAGCAAGUGAAGUGGGAAAUUGGCAUGUAUUGUGCUAUUCAUAAAUAUGAUAUGAAACAGUGGCAAAGAGGCCAGAUUAGCAGAGUUCUUUCUGACACCACUGUAGAGGUAGUGCUGCUUGAUUUUGGUACAAAAGAAAUAGUGAAUGUCAUCUGUUUAAGAGAACUUAAGGAAAAUCUGAAGAGAAUGAGAAAACUAGCAUUGGAGUGUUCCUUGGUAGAUAUAAGACCAGCUGGUGGGAGUGAGCAGUGGACAGCAACGGCUUGUGAUUUGAUCUCAUGUUACCUUACUGGAGCAGUAGCAACUGUAAUCAUACAGGAAAAAGGUGCAACUCAGCCGUUACCUGUAAAAAUAUUUUGCAAAGAUGAAGCAGAACAGUCUGUUGAUAUUUCUGAAUAUCUUAUUUCAAAGGGCUUGGCUCUCAGAAACAGAAGAGUUCAUAAAACUGACACAAGUGCUGUUGUCCCAGAGGAAUAUCUUGAAGUUGGUUUGAAGCAAGAGAGCUCAGUCUUAAACAAGCUGACUCCAGAAACUGAAAGUAUACCAAAAAGUUCUGUUCCAAAGCAAGAAGUUGUUUUUUCUACAAGUGAACGAAGUGAAACCAAAGAAUGCAAAACAAAGUCAGUGCUAAAGUCAAGGCCAGACAGAGUAUAUAAACCACCCCUUGUACCAGAUGAGGAAAUUUUUCAGGCUCUAAUAAGCUGUAUUGGAGAUGAUGGAAUUAUUUAUAUAAUACCAAAAUCUUUAGAAAAAGUAUUAAAUGUAUUGAUGGCUGAUAUACAAAGUAACUUCAAAUGUCUUGGUCUUCUUGAACAAUAUUGUUGGAGAAAAGGAGAAGCUUGCGUUAUAAGAGGACCGGAUACCAUGUGGUAUCGAGGUAAAGUUACAGAAGUUGUUGGUGGUGCUAUCAGGGUAAAAUACUUGGACUAUGGCUAUGUUGAAAAGAUCCCUCAGUGUCAUCUCUAUCCAACUUUGUUAUAUGCUGAAAUACCUCCAUUUUGCAUCCCAUGCCAGCUCUAUAAAACAGUACCAGUUGGAAGUUUUUGGCAGCCAGAUGCAGUAGAACUCCUUCAAGAACUACUUACGGCAAGAGUUGUUGAAAUACAUAUUAUGGAACGUCCAGAUGAUCCAUGGGGCAAACUGCCUGUUAAUAUCUAUUUUGAUGGAGUAUCACUUUCUUCUUUUAUGGCAUUCCACAAACACUGUGUCCUUGAAGAUGAUCAGACUGGACUAGGACUGGAAGUCAUAAAUUGCAGUGAAAAGUGUUUGGAGGACAACUUUGAAAUCAGCUUUGAAGAGCUGUUACUUGAAGUAAAGACUCCGGUUUUGCCACCGUAUACUUUGCCAUCACUACCUCUUCCGAGAGAAUGCUUUCCUGUUAAAGUUAAGCACCUUGUUUCACCUAAUGAGGUGUAUAUUUGCCUUGAUUCAGUAGAGAGUAUUGAAGAACAAAAUGACACAGAAGAUGGUAAAGUUGACUGGAACUCUGAAACUGAGAGCCUGGAUAAAGUCCUGAGGAGGUGUAACAAAGAUGUGGAUUCUCUUCCUUUUCUAACAGAUUUUAGAACAGAAAUGCCUUGCCUUGCAGAGUAUAGUGAUGGCUUAUGGUAUAGAGCAAAACUUCUUUCUAUUAAAGAUUUUGACCCUGUUACUAUUCUGAUUCAGUUUAUUGACUAUGGAUCAACUAAAAAACUACCAACAAGCAGAUUACGUCAGAUUCCUCCUGCUCUUAUGCAAUAUCCAGCUCAAGCAGUGAAAGCUCUGUUGGCUGGAUUUAAACCUCCUUUGCAUGAUACAGAGAAAGUGAGAAUUCCGUAUUGCCCAGAGUGGAGCAUGGAAGCAUUGUGGGCAAUGGUAGACUGUGUUCAAGGAAAAAAGCUCUUUGCUUCCACGUUGACUUCGUCACCAGAGUUCACCAUUUUCUUGUACAAUAAUGAGCAAAAAUUAGUUCACUUGAAGCUGAUAGAAAUGGGACUUGCAGACCUAUAUGAGUGACAUAUUUGCUGUAUUAAAGAACUUUUGCUGAAGACCUCACUAACAGAGGAAUAAAGUUUUGUUUGUAUUUGUUCUGGCAUUUUUGCUUAGUUUAGUACAUUCUGAGUGCAACAGUUGUGCACAAUACCUGGAAUAUUUAGGUGUGUCUGGUUCAGUUAUUUGCAGAAGUUUGGGAAGGAUGUUAAAAUAAAUAUUUCUUUUGUUCAAAAUG